AUGAAGCUUUCCAACCAUUCGGCGGUGCCAGUGUACACGAUAUCUGGCGCCUCUACUGCCAGGCCCCUCCCAGAAUGGCUAGCUAGAAGACGGAAGCGAAGCUUGAAAGCAGACGCAGAGUAUUCGAACCGGGUGGAACUGCUGCAAGAUUUCGAGUUUGAAGAAGCAAGUCAGUGUAUUCGGGUUAGUGAGGAUGGGCAGUGGGUGAUGAGCACAGAUUAUUCAAAAUCACUUCAUUUACAAUCAGAUCGGUCCCUGGAAUUCCAUACACCCUCUGGAUGCCAUUACACCACCCGUCUGCCUCGAUACGGCAGGGAUUUGGUGUACGAUAGACAAUCCGCAGAAGCGCUCACACCCGCUGUUGGAGUCAAUGAAAACGGCAUGGGAGAGGUGUUUCGGUUGAACUUGGAGCAAGGAAGGUAUAUGCGCAGUUACGAAGUUGAAGUUGGAGGUGAUGAUUUCACCUCUCUUGGUGGAGGAGCUCUUCAAGGUGGCAUACACACGGGAAGUGUUAACACUGGAGCAGUAGCCGAGGAAAGCCAUAAUCUGCUUGCUUUUGGAACGUCCAUUGGGACUGUGGAGCUCUGGGAUCCUCGCGCAAAAGCCAGAGCGGCUAUUCUUCCAUCUUACACAAACGAGAAAUCGGAAAUCACCGCCCUAGAGUUCAACAGGUCGGGGCUUACUCUUGCCACAGGGUCGUCUACAGGUCUCAUUCAUUUAUACGAUCUUCGAUCUCCCAUUCCCAUUCUCGAAAAGGACCAAGGCUACGGCUACCCCAUCCACACGUUAACCUUCCUUACUUCAUCUAUAUCCACCCGCGAGCAGACAAGUGACCCGAAAAUCAUGUCAGCCGAUAAGCGCAUUAUCAAAAUAUGGGAUCAACGGGAUGGUACUCCGUGGACGUCUGUGGAACCAGCUGUUGAUAUUAACAGUGUAGCCUGGUGCAAGGAUAGUGGUAUGCUAUUAACGGCCAACGAAGGAAGGCAACAGCACUCAUUCUUCAUUCCACAAUUGGGGCCUGCACCAAAGUGGUGCGCAUUCCUGGACAACCUCGUCGAAGAAAUGGCCGAUGACCCUAACGACCCUCAUGCAUUUGCUACCGGUCAAUCCGGCUCAGUUUAUGAUAAUUACAAGUUCCUCACUGUUCCUCAGCUGCGUACUUUAAACUUGGACCAUCUCAUUGGGACCACUACAUUACUACGUCCAUACAUGCAUGGUUACUUCGUUGCCCAACGCUUGUAUGAAGAGGCACGACUUAUCGCCAACCCGUUCAUAUGGGAAGAAGAAAGGGAUAGGAAAAUCAAAGAGAAGAUUGAUAAAGAGAGAGAAAGUCGUGUUCGCGGAAAGAAGAAGGUCGCAGCAAAGGUUAACCGAAAGCUUGCAGAGAGACUCCUUGAGAAGGAAGAGAAGAGAGAACGGCUUCAGGCCCGCAGGGUAUUGGCGCAAGGAGGAGAUGAUAAUGCCAAGAAGGAAGAGAAUGGCACCGGCCCUGCCGAACCAAGUACUGGUGGCUUACUUGGUGAUUCACGUUUCAGCAAGCUGUUCGAUGAUCAAGACUUCGCGAUUGACGAGAACUCCAGAGAAUACCUUCUCACUCACUCGGGAAAUGCUCCUGUGGCUGCCCCUAAGCCCGAGAGAGGAUUGACGGCUGUUGAGGAGGAAGCUAUUGAUGAAGUUCCAGGUUCAAGCUCAGAUGACUCGUCUUCGGAAGAUGAAGCCCCACGAUCGAAACGGGAGCCGUCUUCUAAACAGAUAUCUACUGCUUCUUAUAGACGAAGCAAACCCAAACAGCCUCAGAUGCAAGUGACCUCAUCGUCUAAGGCCUCACGCACGCACGAUCGUUCAUUUGAGUCCAGAGUUCACCAGCGGCCGACAAUAUUGAUCGGACGAGCUACCGGAAGAAAGACCGCAGAAGUGCCUCCAGAAAUACGUUCAGAAACAUGUAAUAGUAGCGUUGCUCAUAUACCCGUUCAAUAUCUGCUAGGAAACCCCGUAUUGACAAAUACGGAUAAUGCCGGCAUUGCCCUCGCUUGGUACCUACAUGGCAUUUACAACCAAACGGAACCGACAUCAGGCCUUACAUGGUACUCAAAUGCGACAGGUUACGGUCAAUUGGCUAAUUUGAAUAUCCUUGAAUGCCUUGACUGCCCUGUGAUGAGAAACAAGUCGACUGGCAAAUGGCUGGUAAUUAUUGAUGGUCAGGCUGGGAGUUAA